GCUCUAUGGUGCCUCUUUCCUGUCUCUAUGGUACGGCCCGGUCGGCUCUCUAGGCCUCCUCUAUCUCUAUGGUGACGGUGGCCGAGGUGGUCGGCAAUAUCUGAAUAGAGUGGCGGGAGCCGCUCCACUUCCUCAGCAGUUUUCUGGGAGCUGCUCCUGGGCGCUGCGCAAAGUAUAUCCUCUGUUAGAAGCAAGAUUGGAGGCGCGGGACACCUCUUCUCUGACUGAGGAAGCGGAGCCUCUGUUUGGGUUGGCGAAACUGAUCCCGGUGACCAUGGUAAUUUCCCCCAAAGUUACAGAUAGUUAAGUGGCAGAGGUGGGGUUUCAAUCCCUACUUCGGCGAGUUCAGCGUCCAGGCCUCUUCCACUCGGCUCAGCGCAGGUUGAAAUCGCGGGCCUCGUCAGCCUGGACGGGGAGUUUUGUUGUCGCAUCUCUUCAGGAGCAUCCCUCGGGGCCGAAUGCACCGUGGACCAUGCCCCUCCUAACCCAGCGGAUCACAGACGAGAAUGAUUACUGCUUAGUGGCCAGCCUUGACAACGUCAGGAACCUCUCCACUAUCUUGAAGGCUAUUCAUUUCCGAGAACAUGCCACGUGUUUCGCUACUAAAAAUGGAAUCAAGGUUACAGUGGAAAACGCAAAAUGUGUACAAGCAAAUGCUUUUAUUCAGGCUGGAAUAUUUCAAGAGUUUAGAGUUCAAGAAGAGUCUGUUACUUUUCGAAUUAAUUUAACUGUCCUUUUAGACUGUUUGUCUAUUUUUGGAUCAAGUCCUAUGCCAGGGACUUUUACUGCACUUCGGAUGUGUUACCAAGGUUAUGGUUACCCUCUGAUGCUGUUUCUGGAAGAAGGAGGCGUGGUGACAGUGUGUAAAAUCAAUACUCAAGAGCCUGAGGAGACUCUGGAUUUUGAUUUCUGCAGCACCAAUGUCAUUAAUAAAAUUAUUCUGCAGUCAGAGGGGCUCCGUGAAGCAUUUUCUGAGUUGGAUAUGACGAGUGAGGUCCUGCAGAUCACCAUGUCUCCAGAUAAACCUUAUUUCAGGUUAUCUACUUUUGGGAAUGCAGGAAGCUCCCACCUUGACUAUCCCAAAGAUUCUGAUUUGAUGGACUCAUUUCACUGCAGUCAGACCCAGGUCAACAGAUACAAGAUUUCUUUACUGAAACCCUCUACAAAGGCAUUAGUCCUGUCUUGUAAGGUAUCUAUUCGAACAGAUAACCGAGGAUUCCUCUCAUUACAGUAUAUGAUUAGAAAUGAAGAUGGACAGAUAUGCUUUGUGGAAUAUUACUGCUGUCCUGAUGAAGAAGUUCCUGACUCUUAGUCUUCAGUAUGGCGGUUCGUGCACUGUUUAUGUACACAUAAUGGUUCAUGCAUCGUUCAUGUACACGUGACAGUUCACGCACUGUUUAUGUGGACAUGCGUAGUAGGUCAUGUUCUCAUGUUGAGGGCAGUGCCCUUCAUGACUUCCUGUUAAGGUUUUCUAAGGGGAAGAAGCAGCACAGUCCCUGUCCCCUGAUAGUUGCUGUAGGUUUUGUCAGUAAUGUUGUCACAUAGUCAUAGAUUAUCCAGUACUGGACUAGUCUGUGGUUCUGUCUUUUGAACUCGUGGAAGUUGUUAUAAGUCAAGGUGCAUAAGUUUUAUGUGUUAUUCUACUUAAGUAGGACAUUCUAAGAGUAUAAAAAUUUGAAGUUUGGUGAAGCCAUAUCAGAAAUGUUCUUUUAUUUAUUUACUAUUAGAAAAAGCAAUAGCAUAUGGGCAUCACUUCCAAGCUGGAAUUCUGGAGACUCUUGUCAUAAAGCAGUGGUUCUCAGAGUGUCAUGCCUAGACCACCUGGUAACUUGUCAGGAACUCUGGGGGCGGGGCAAGCAAUAUGUAGUUUAAACAGCUUCCCCCCUCUUCGCCCUCCCCACCCCCCUGAGAUUCUGAUCCUUGCUAAAGUUUGAGAACCACUGUUUUAAAGGAUAUUUUUUUAAAAUAGCAUUUUAAUUGCAUUGAAGUGACUGCUUUUACAGGUGAUGUCUUUGCAAGUGUUCAGAAGUUUAGGUGUCACCAAACAAGUCUGAAUAAUUAUAUGAUUUAUUUACAUUUUGAAGGCAUCUAUAAACAUGAUAUGAAAGUCUUCAGAAUUACAGAUUUUCAUCGUGUUCUGAAAACCAUUCAUUGUAGUAAGUACUUAUUAGAUACCUUCUAUUUGCCUAUAAGAGUUCCUCAACCAGGGCUUCCCACGUGGCUCAGUGGUAAAGAAUCCACCUGCCAAUGCAGGAGACACAGGUUCCAUCCCUGAUCCUGGAAGACCCCACAUUCUGUGGAGCAACUAUGCCCGUGUACCACAACUGCUGAGCCUGUACUCUAGAGCUUAGGAGCCGCAGCUACUGAGCUCAAGUGCCCUAGAGCCUGUGCUCUGCAACUAGACAAAAGCUUGCACACGACGAAGACCUAGUACAACCAAAAAUAAUUUUUUUUUUUUUAAAGUUUCUCAACCAAACCAAGGCAUGUCUCAGUGGGCGGGCACGUAGGUGCUGCUCCCAGAUACCUGUUCGACUCGUGCAAUGCUGGGUAUCUAGCCCAGGGUGAAUGCCCGAUAACUAGUUAAAUCUCCCAGGCAAUCUCGGGAUGCCCAGCUGGUACAAAAGUCGUUGGAGUUUUAUAAAGUUAUAGUAUGUGUUCAAGAAGGAAAUGAUUGAAUCUACCAAAUGUCCAGAUUUUUUUUUUGUCUCGAUAAGCAUUAAGAACAAAACACAUCUAAAACAUAAUUAUGAAAAUACUUAUUCAGUAAACAUUUCAAGGACUACAAUUUUCCUUUAAAUUUAAAAUUGGACAGUUAUUUGGUUUUUUUCCAUUGGCAUGUCUAGUAUCUAAAAUAGUGCCAGGAUAGAGUAAAUAUUCGUCAGAUAAAAGGACCUCCACUUUCAGAUUAUUAGUCACUAUGAAAGUUGAACCUAUGAUUAAAUAUUUUUGCACAUCUAAGACUACUAUUUCAGCUGAACGUAUCUUGAAUUACUUAGAAUUCAGAAGCUAAUAAAUUUAGUUCUUUCUCAGUCACCGUAAAUCAAGAUAUGAUUUAAUAAAGAAUUUUCUAGUUAUGUGUGUGCUGUUUGACUCCCUAAUUUGCGAGCUUAACUUUGUUCAAGUUCCUAUGAGAGACCACUGGGGGGAGCGCUUCCUUGGGCAACGCAGAUGCUUUGGUGACUAUAAACUGAAUUCAUGUGUCACAAAAAGACUAAGAUUUAGCUCUGCGUUUCUGAAGUUUACCUCAUAUUCUUUCUAAUAAAAUUGUACUUACAGUAGCUAUUUUUUUCUACUUUAAAUUAGUUUAUUCCCUACUUAUGAUGUGCUUCCACCUAGAACUGAUGAAAUGAUUCAAAACAAAAAUGUUAAAUUUUACUGUUGUAAUAAAAAUAAGUCUUGUAAUACA